AUGGACGAGUCAACGGCCUACGGUACUGGUUCUCCAACAAGCCAACCGUGGCUAUUGCUGGCGAGCAGCCUGGCUUUUGGCAUCGGUGGUACCAUUGCACUCUUGACCUUAGUAGCUCGUUUGGCCAUCCGGUACUCUGAUAAGACACUGUACGGGGCAGGCUAUACGAUGCUGCUGGCAUGGUCUAUCGUCAUCGGUACGUCUCAGUCCAUAACGGAGAAGCUAGCUAACAUGUUGGAAGUGGUGGCACGUUCGGCUCGCUUGGACUUGAUGUAUAUUGCAGAGGCAGUACGCCUAUUGAGCCACAGUGCUGCGGAAAUAUCCAUCGCUUGGUUCUGCCUUAACACCUUUACUGGCGAGUGGUAUACGAAGGCAGGAAAGGCCAUUAUUGCGGUCAUCUUCAUCUAUACGAUCGUCAUUCUUGGGCUGCUUAUUUUCUGUGUCACCGAUGGCGGCUUCACGGAGCGCAUACGUCCGGAGGAAGGCAAUGUUCGCUGUCUUGCAAUUCCCAUGGCGGCUACUGCAGCAGGCAUCAUCACGGACCUUGUGCUGGUUUCCCUGCCUGUUAAGCCGAUUCUGCAACUGCAAAUGACGCCGGCAACAAAACGCACGGUAAUCCUUCGCUGGUGCAGCCCCGUGAUAGCGAUUUUCGCCUCCGCCGUCCGUCUGUCCUUUCUUUCCAGUUUGCCAAGCAGUUCAGAUCCCACCAUGCACGAUGCCGUGGUUAUGGUACUCAUGUUCGCUGAGGUGAACCUGAUCAUCAUUUGUGGCAAUCUGCCAGCGACGCUCCUGACGAUCAAGAAGAUGAAGAGUAAGGCAUCUUCUGAGACCAUGGCGGGCUCGGGAAGUGGAGGGGAAUGUAGCACGAGCCAUGCACCGAGAGGAUUGGACGAGUUUUCGCUACAAUCACGGGACGAGACCGAGCGACCGUGCACUGGAGAUGGCGAUGACAGUAGCCAGCGGGGAAUGCUAGCGACACAUCUCUCUACAGUGUAG